AUUGUUGUGAUAAACUUAUUAAAUAGUUAGAAAUAUGGCUCCGGUGGAUUGGGAUGCAAUAUUGCAACUGAACGCCGAAGAUAUUAAUGAUGAAAACAUUGACGAAAGUUACGAACUUUUGAACGAUCUUAAAAUAAAAAACACAGACAAGGAUGCGUCUGUGGACAAUCUAAUUCAUCUUUUCAAUGUGACAAAAGAGGCUCUUAUUAUUAAUCACGACCUUGCCGAAACAUAUCUAGAGGAACUGACGGGUCUCGCGGCUAAUGAAGGUGAACGUUCAGCAAAGGAAGAGCAAAAAUUGAAAGAUGAAAACGAGGAUUUGAAGAAGGAAAUUGAACGACUCAAAUCUCUCGGGUCCAGUGACGUUGGAAAAGAUGUGCGCAAGUUGCGAGAAAGACUUCUCGAUUUGGAAGCCAAGAAUGAGCGGUUGUCUCAGGAAGUGCAGGAUGAAGUGGCUCAGCAUGAUGCCACUAAAAGGAAAUUAGAUAGGGUGGAAAAAGAUGGACUUGAGAAUGAAAAGAGCAUGAAAGAACUGAAACGAGAAAACGACCAGAUGCGAGAAGACAUGCGAGAGUUCCAGCGGCAGUUGGAGGCACAGAGAGACACUAUGAUCUCGAAGAGUGGGGAAGACAGUGACGUCAGAGAAGCCAUGCGACAGAAGAACCAGGAAAUGUUGGACCAGCUGGACGAAAUCCGGAACCUCUCUCUGGCCAAUAAGAAGCUGCAAGAUGAGGUCGAGGAGCUGUCAAAGAAUCUCGAGAUCGCGAUUACCGAAAUGGAGCAGAUGACGACUGCGCAUAACAAGAUCAAAGGGAUUCUGGCGGCGUCGGAUGUGACAGUGGACCAGUUGACGAGAAUGAAUGAUGUGUUGCAAGAGCGAAUCGACGAGUUGGAGUACGAGUUGUCGGGGAAGAGAGAGAACGACGAGGAGAUCAUGGCGAUUGUGUCCGAUAAGAUCCAGCAGUGGAAGGACAUAGUGGCGAAGAAGGACGAGCAGCUGGAGGAGAAGGAGCGGGAAGUGAAUGAGUUGAGGGGUCAGUUGGGCAUCUCAAAUGUGGACAUGGAUCGCAACUCAUUCUCAUCCCUCCAAAUGGCUCUGAAGGCGAAGGAUCAGGAUCUUCAGAAGAUGAUGGAGCAGAUGAACGAGACAAAUGCAGAACUGGAGGAGUACAGACAGAUGUUCGAAGACAUGAAACAGGACGCCGGACCAAACGCGAAGUACCUAGAGCGCAUCAACGAACUGAAACUGAAGUUGCAGAAGGCUGAGUCAGACAUGAAAGAUGCAAUUGGCCGACAGCAGACGGCGGAGAGAGACUCGGCGAAUAAGGACAAGGACUUGAGUGACGCGGAGGAGCGACUGGCCCAGUACGAGGCGGGCGAGUAUGGGCUGGCGGAGGCAGUGGUGGAGAUCAAACAGUUGAAACAACAAGUGCGAAUCAGAGACAAUAAUGUGGAACAGUUGAUCAGUCAGAUUAACGGACUGGAGCAGAAGAUGAACAAUUUGUGGGAGGAGAACGAGGCACUGCGCAUCAAGAGUGGCCUGGACCCUGGGGAGCCCCUGGACAUGGACAAGUACCAUGGCCAGUUGGAGAAGAGGAAGCAGGAGGAUAGGGCCAUGAACAUCAUUCUGCUGAAUGAGGUGGAGAAGCUGGAGAACGAGCGACUCAAUCUGAAGAAACAGAUCAGGGCACUCGCCAUGGAUAAAGGUCAAAGGGCCGCAGCUCUCGGCUUGACAGCGGACGAGAUCAUCAAGGUGGACGAGUUCACUGAGAACCUGAGAGCGACUGGUGGGAGAGGAGGAGGAAUGUCAUCCGCAGACUAUUCCAUGUUCAGACUGCCCUCCUCUCCCAGGAAACAACCGAGGGACAUGGUUGACCACUCUAUGCACAGUAGCUACAGAGAAGAUCAGCGUGAGUUCUCGCACGAGCGGGACGUGCAGGACUUCGAGAGGAGAGUGGACUCGUUGGAGGUUGACAGGAACAACCUGCAGGCCACGUGUGCCCAUCUGCAGCAGGACAACCAACACCUCUGCGAAGUCAUCAGGGAACUGAAGAACAUCAAACUGGCGGAAGUGCCUGACAAGAUCGAAUCGGUGGACUCUCUUCUCUCUCUGCUGGAAGCGAGACACCAGGACGGCGCCUAUGAUGCUAACCUGAUGGCCAAGGCCAGAAUAGACCAGCUGACUGGCAGGAACGAAGAGUUGAGGACACAACUGAGGGAAGUGAGGAACACGAACAACAAACUGGCCGCAGACAACGACAGAUUCAAAAACAAGAUUGGUCGACUGGAGGAGGACAUGAAGGAGAUGAGGGAGGAUGGGGGAGUGGGAGGGGGCAUGGUGGUGCAGGUGGCCCAGAUGAAACUGCCAGAGGGAAUCACCUCCUCCUCCAGUGACGUCAUCAACAGUCUCAACGAACACCUCAUACUCACUCUGCAACAACUGUCCAACAAGGAGUCGAAACUGUCCUUGGUGGAGGAGGAGUUAGUGAAGUACAAGAGUCAGUACUCAGUGUACAGACACCAGAUUGGACUGCUCUACAAGGACUUCAAGGAGAGACGAGACCAGUGGGAGGGGGAGAGGAAGAAGUUGAUUGCGGAGAAGGAGAGUCUAGAGGGGCUAAGGGAGGCUGACAGAAUCCGAAUAGAAGAGUUAAAGAGGCUACAAGACUCACUGGCGAUGUCACCGGACGAACAGAAACAACAGCUGGCCGAAGUGAACCGACGAAUCACAGUGCUGCGAGUGAACGAACGAGGACUGAUCAGACGCUACGCAAUCCAGAACGACAGAGAGAAGGAACUGGAACAAGAAGUGAAGCGAAUGACCAAUGAGAUCACUUCAAUGGAGUCAAACGUCAUCAAACGAAUCGGAUAUUUAGAAAGGUUCAAAACGAUGUCUCUGUAUAGAAUCGAAGCGUUGCAGAAGGCAUUGAAUGAGACUGUGGCGGAAAGUGAUUAUGAAAAGUUGCAGAAUGACUUGAAUAAGAUUACACUCAAGUACAGAGAUCUACUGGAGAAAGAGAAUCACUUAGUUGCCAAGUCGGCCGCAGUCGAAUUACUAGAGGCGGAGAAGAAUAAGCUGGAGGAAGCUCUGGACAAGACGAAGAAGGAGUGGGCAGUGGACAAGGAGAACCUGAACAAAUUGCAGCAGCUGCUGAACAAGAACCACGGAGACCUGGAGAAACACAUGCAGGACAGUCUGCUAGACUCCAGCGAGAUAUCAGCCUCCAAGAAGAUGGCGAUGCUGGAGAUGAAGAGUGUGAAUGACAGUCAGAAGGCGGAGCAUGCGAGCAAGAUGUACGAGUACCAGAAGAAGGUGAUGAGGGACCUCGAGGACAGAAAUAUGCAGUUGGAGGAGAAGUUCUCACAGCUCACUUCUCUGUCCUUGGAGGCACAGCAGACGGAGUCUGGACUGAGGGAUGAGUUGUCCAAAUGUGUGUCCAAGGAGACCCACUCCAACCUAGAGAAGAGGGUGAUGGAGUUGGAGGCAAUGGAGGCAAAACUGAAGGUGGAACACAGCAAACUCAAGGAGAUGGUGGAAGUGGCCAACCUCCAGGUGCGCUCCAUAGCCCAGCAGCGGGAGGCGAACGAGAGAGAACUGGCGGACAUGCGGGAGUUGGUGGUGGAUCUCCAGAAGGACAGCGACCACAACAAGGCGCUCGGAAAACUACACCACGAUAAGGUCAACCUACAGAACAAAGAAGGUAUGCUGAUUAUGCAGCUGCAGCAACUAAAAGAGAAACUGACAAAAUUAGAGGCUCAGUCACUUAGAUUUGAGCAGAAGAUGGACGAGAAAGACAACAUCCUCUAUCAUGCGAAGUUGGAGGGCAGGAACAGAUCCAUCCACCUGAAGAAGAUGAUCCAGGACCUGAGGACUAAGUACUCCGGCUGUCUGCCGCUCGAGAAACAGGAGAAGUUCUCGGAUGCACUCUACAGCCUGCACGAGGAGCGAGGACGUCUGCAGAAAGAAGUGCACGAGGCAGAGGUGAAGAGACUCUCUUCGGAGGAGCAGCUCCUCAAAGUGGAACAGCAGCACAGGGGUCUGCAGGAGUUGAUGAGUACUCUCAAGGACAACAAAGGGGCGGCUAAAGUGGCAGAGUGGCAUGCAAAGAUCACAGACAUCAGACUGCAGGAGCUCAAAGGCAAGAGGGAGAUGGAACGACUCAGGGAGAAAGUGAGAUAUCUGGAGCGUCUCCUGGCCCAGCACGAGAACACAGUGGCUACUCUGGAAGAGCAGCAGGUGCUGGCUGCAAGAGACCAGGAGCAGCAGCAGAUCUACUGGGAGCAGAGGGAGCUGGAACUGGAGAAGAUGGUGGAACUGCACGAGAAACGAACGAUCGAGCUCACGAAGUGGUCUGAUCAACAAUUCGAUCAAUCACCUGAUCCCAAUCUACCGAUAGCCGAACAGCUGGAGUUCUCAGUGCGCAAAAUACGCGAGCUAGUCGCCCAGCUGAACGAGGCAUCGAAGGAAGUGGCAAUGUCGAAGAAGGAAAAAUUGAUAGUUGAGUCGAAAGUGCAAGAGAAGGAAUCGGCGGUUCUGGCGAGGGAUAAAAUCAUCAAUGAGUUGAGGUUGAGGAUGCCUGCAUCGAGUAACAGAGAUGAAAUCAUGAAGGAUAUUUUGAGUUCGGAUCCACACAUGCAACAUACGGCUAAAGUCGCACAUCAGCUGAACGACAACUUGAAGAGUCAGCUGAAGCAGAAGGAGGUGGAGGUGCAAGAGUACAAGGAGCUGUUGAGUCGGGCCAGACAGGACUUGGUGGAUGUGAAUGAGCAGCACAGGACUGAAGUGACCACUCUCCACUCCAAACUGGCCGCCAAGGCAGAGGAGUCAUUCGCCAAAUUCAAAACCGCAGCAGUGAAUGAGAUGCAGUCGAGCAAGAGUGGCCCAAUAAGUGAGAAGGAGUUGAGGAGACUGGGGGAGUUGGAGGACAUGGUGGCUGAGCAGAGCAAUGUCAUGGCCUCCCUCAACUUGACCAUACAUGACUGCAAGCGGCAGACGGAGAGAGUGGAAAGAGAGGCCAAACAGACUGUGGACAAGAUGCACAUGGAUCAACAGAGACUAGUGGCGGAGCAUGAAAGUGAGACACAGCAGCUAAACAAAAAGGUGGAUGAGGCCAAUCAAGAGAAAGAAGCACUGCAGAAACAGGUGGAGGUGUUGGGAAUGGAGUUGGAGCUACAGAAGAGUGAGAAUGUCAAGGCACCCACCACUGCCAUGAAGAGUAUGGUGGACAAACUCAGGAAACAACUGGAGGACAAGGAGGCCAAAAUGAAGGCACUGAGCAAGGCGUUAGCAGACGUGCGUGGUGAGAUGGUGAAGAAUGCGGCAGAGAGUAUCAAGGGUAGAACCAAAUUCUUCGAGGACUCCCUCAACGUUCAGCAGAUUGUGGACAAACAGACCAAGGACCUACAUGAGCAACUGGCAGAGAGUAAAGCGAAAGUGGACAAAUUGAAGGCUGCUCUGAGGAAAGCAAAGGAGGAGGAGGUUCACUAUGAGACCGAGAUCAAACACCUGAAGGAGGAAGUGCAGAAGAGGGAUGAUGAGUUGAAGAACAAACCAGAGAGGGACACGGGGACAGGCUCUAACCUCUUCCAUGCCAGUCAGGAGCCGGGGGUGAAGUUGGCGCGGGCGGUGAGUGAGGAGGGGAAGAGGUGGGGGGUGAAGGUGGACUCCCUGAAGGACAAGUUGAGAUUGAAGAGUGCAGAGUGUGACAGACUUGAGAGGAGCAACAAGCUACUCAAACAGAACCUCGCCAGAGCGGACAAAGAGCGUGUGUCGCGCUGUGUGGCCAGGGAGUCGGACUGGACGACGACUGCCACUCAGAAGCAGCUGUUGGACAUUGUGGAGGCUACGAGGAAGCAGAAUCUGGAGUUGCAUGAUGAGGUGGCCUACCUGAAGAGACAGGCUCUGCUGGGGAAGGAUGGGGCGAUAGAGGAGAUGCAGCUGAGAAACAGACUGCUACAGCAGAAGUUAGACGAACUGCAGGAUGAAUUAACUCUGAGGACCCCUCGGAAGGAGGGCAACGCUGGACUGCAGGACGCCUAUGCCAGACUGAUAGAGAAGGAGGAGUCCCUGCAGGAGUCUAAUCUCCGUCUGGCUCAGGAGAACAUCGAGCUCAAGUUCCAGGCAGAACAGGCCAAAGUGGAGAUACCCAAACUCAUGGGUAAAAUUGAGGACCUUCAGCAACAAAUCGAAGCUCUGAAUUCAGAAUUGUACGACAAACCUGUCAAAGAACGAAAAGUGAUUGGGACAACGGGGAAGACGGUGGCUGAACUGGAGAAGACGAUUGGGCUGAUGAAGAGGGUGAUGGAGAAGACGCAGGCGGAGAAUGAGAGACUGAAGAAGAGUCCCCAGGUGGUGGCACAGUCCAAACUAGAACAGCUCCAACAGGACAACAAAUCACUCAAGAGUGAAUUGGAGGAGUGUCGCAAAGUGGUGGAGAAAGACAUGAACUCCAGAUACGACAACCUCCAACUGGGCACUGCCAAAGUGGCGGCUGAGAACGAGAGACUCCUGUUGGAGAUUCAGAAGGAGAGGGAGGAGGGCGAACAGAGUAGACUGGAGGCCACUAAGAUGAGUGCGAAGAACGAACAGUUGAAAGAGGAGAUAGAGAAGCUGAAACAGACUGUUCAGAAGGUUCGUAGACGGGAGUUCCUGGACACAUCCCUGAAUUCAACCACUGGCACAACUUCAGGCAACAGACGCUGAAAAACCAGUGCAAAACAGAACACACAAUUAGUACAUUGAUCCUUUAAAUGUUUGUAAAUCAACUUCAACUGUACAUUUUAUAGAUAUUCUGCGAAUUAUGUAAAUAAAAUUAGCGUAUUCGAUUAUGAAAAGUGUAAAUUAAAUGAAUUGAAUUGAA